AUGCCACCGCGUGCUGCUAUCAGCCGUCGUAAGGUGGCCGAAAGACCAGUGCGAGCAGGUCGCGUCACCAAAUCCAAAAAAGAACAAACAAUCAUCAAGCUCUCGCCAGAAAAACUGGAAGCUGCUCUCAUCGGCCAACCGCUUGAACAGGUUUAUGGAACUCCCCCGGCCUGGGCAGAGGGACGUCAGCAAUUGUGUGAUGCAAUUCCUUGGUUUCGCUGCACUCAAGGCGCGAUGUACCACAGCGAAGGCUUCUGCUAUGGUUUUCUCAUUGAUGCGGACUGUGGUACUCGGACCCAUAUCGAUGACGAAGUAAUCAUUACUCGAAUUGGCGGAUGCUGCACCAAGGAUUCUGAGGGAAACUUGACUCUCGAAAAGAAUCAAGAUUCCGAUAAUGCACUCGUGCAGAGUAUAACCGGUACACAGACUUCAAAGCUUGCAGUCGGUCUGGUUAUUGGAAGCAAGAAUAAGAUCCUCAACCGCGAUCUUCCACAUCGCUACAACAUCAUGGACUGGUUCCGUGUUACCAAUGUAUGGUUCGAAAAGAUUGGCCAUAAGCAUGGCGUCAAGGUUCGCUUUGAGAAGCUGAAUCUUCCGGAGAAGAGCUGGUGGGCAGCAAAGGAGUCGCCCCUUCCCUUGCCCCUCGAAGAGCGAGACUUGCAAACAAAACCGGAAGUUCUCAAGUGUCACCACUGCUCGACUGAGAGCGUGAAAAUCUAUCGAGAAGGCUGGAUGUGUCUUGAUCCUGGUUGCAUCGAUUUCUGGAAAAUCGAUGGCAUUACUCCUCCAGCCGAGCUCACUUUUCAUCCCGACUUCCUGAACUUCCGAAGUCCUCCAGAUCCAGCGGUCCAGCCUUGCUACAGUCUCGUUCCUGAUCUUCUCUCCACCCUAGAUGAAACUGCAACAGAUGUCAGCACAUCACGCAUUGCAUGGAAGGGAAUUGUAUGCCCAAUGUGCUUCAAAUGCAUCCGACGAACGUUCUGGAAAGGCUGGAAAUGCGACGACGACUCAAUUCUCGAAGAAGAAUAUCGAGAAAGGUGUCCAUUCCAAAAGUUCAUGAACAUGCAUCCUGUGCCCCUCCGGGUCGUCCUCGAUCAUUUCGAGCUGGCACCUAUCAAGCGCGCAAUUUUGUUUGAUCGCAAGUACAGUAUCCCGGAAAUUGAUGACAACUCGCUUUUUCCCUACCGGAAGUUGACUUAUAACCUGAAUGGAGUUGGUUCAAUCACCCACUUUGUAUCAAACCGAAUGAUCAACAGCCGCAAGAAUGGACCUGAUGACCUUUUCAUCAAUCUUCAGCGUGAUGACCUCGGUCUAAAACGCUUCCGACUUCAACAAAGUCUCGUUGCGGGUACAUUGACUUCUCACUUUGCCGUCAACUACGGAAUGCCCUACAAGUAUGUGGUGUCUGUUGAUUCGAAGGGCUUCGAUGAAGCCCCGAAGGAUAUACUCCGAGCUCUGGGUCGUCUGUCCUGGGCGACUGAAAAGGCAGUUAUGUCUCCAGGGGACAAGUACCUACCUCCCAACGAACUACUGAUGCUAGGCUAUUUCGAGGAGAUGAAAAUCGGGUAUCAUGACGAUGGCGAGUCCUCACUGGGCCCAAGCAUCGCCACCUUUUCCCUCGGCGCUAAAGCGACCAUGUUUGUGCGUAUGAAGUAUAAGUAUUUCAACGGUUCCACCCGAAGAGCAGAUCCCAAGGCCAUUGGAACCAUUCUGCAGAAUGAUCCCGUCUUGAAAGACUGCAUGUUCGAAGGCGAGCGCCGUGCGCUCAAGAAAAACUUCGAUGCUGGUGAAAUCUCCCAAGGUGAGUAUGACGCUUCUCGGCGCGCGCUGUCGAAGGGCCGCAAGGGCAAGGAAGCUCCUAUCACCAUUAAGAUGGAGCUUCACCACGGCGAUCUGGUUGUUAUGCACGGUGAAAAUCUGCAGAAGUACUACGAGCAUUCGGUGGUGCCAGAGAAUAAGUUGCGCUUUGCCUUGACUGCGAGAUUCGUGAAGCCUGAUCACGUCGAUGCGCGAGAAAUCAAGAAGGGUGAGUUCUCGCUUACGCCAGAUCAAGUCUAUGAUGGCAAGUGA